ACUUAUAGCGCAAAUAAACUUUCAAAAUUAACUGAUGCACAAAUUGAUAUAAUCAUGUAUGAGGUAAGUCAUUUUACAGAAAAAUGUGAUACUAAUUUCUUACUCUGUGAAAAAAAUUCACACUUUAACAUGUCCAACUCUAGCUUGAAUGACAUAUUAGAUAAUGAGAUAAGUAUUCCUACUGAGUCAGAUAAGAUAAAUGAUAAAGUCUUCCAAAAGAAAGAUGCAUCUGCAUCUAAAUUUUUACUGGAAACUGAGGUAAGUAUUACAGCUACUCCCUCCAUUAAAUCAUAUUAUACUUCUAAUUUGGGAGAUAUAGUAAAUAAAAGUAACAAAUUUUCAGAAACUGUAACUAUAAUUGAUAGCUUUUCAGAUUCUAAUUUAGAAUCCUAG